AUGGAUUUUAUCAGUUGGAAAAUAGGACUGGAGUGUGAAGAUGAUAAAAAUCAGAUAAGCACAUCAGAUGAUUUUGAACGAGAAGAAAACCUUCCCCCCAGGCACGAUUUCCAAAGCAUUCGUGCUCACUGUUUGGCAGAAGGGACACUCUACGAAGAUCCCGACUUUCCGGCCAACGAUUUCUCCAUCUACCAAACGAGUCCACCAUCAAGCGAUGCGAGCCCUCCCAUCGAAUGGAAACGUCCGGGUGAAAUUGUAUCCGAACCCAAGUUCGUCACCGACGGUUACUCGCGGUUCGAUGUGCGCCAGGGUCAGCUGGGUAACUGUUGGUUUAUAGCGUCCUGUGCCACCCUAACCUCCCGUCCCGGCCUGUUCAAGCGCGUUGUGCCGCAAAACAACAGCCAGUUCGAUGACGAUCAGUAUGCCGGUGUGUUUCACUUUUACUUCUGGCAAUACGGCCAGUGGGUUGAAGUGAUAGUGGACGAUCGGCUUCCGGUAAGCGAUGACGAUACAGUGCUGCUCUACAUGAGUUCCUCCGUGCAGGAAGAAUUUUGGGCAGCCCUUUUGGAGAAAGCGUACGCCAAACUGCACGGUUCGUACAGUGCGCUAAGCUCUGGAACGGGUGCCGAAGGCAUGGUCGAUCUUACCGGUGGCAUUACCGAAUUCUACCCGCUCAAAGGCUCCGAACCGGCAGAUCUGUUCGAACGGAUUGAACGUAAUCUUGCCCGCGAAUCGUUACUUACGGCCGGCAUUAACGACGACCAGGAUGAACAGUUAAAGUCCGUCAAUUUGGUGCCCAAGCACGAAUACUCCGUGACGAAGGUUGUGCGGCUGAAUGCGAAGCAGCACAUGCUGGGGAAUGAGUUUUCCGAGGAUGUGAGACUAAUUUGUGUCCGCAACCCGUGGGGUGAAAGGGAAUGGAGUGGUGCCUGGGGCGACCAUUCCCUCGAGUGGAUACUGGUGACGGACGAGAAGAUGGCGAAGCUUAACAUCGCACAAGAGGAUGGUGAGUUUUGGAUGAAGUUUGAGGACUUUGUGAAGUACUUCGAUGAUCUCAGUCUUUGCUACCAGUGUCCGUGUGAUAUGAGCGAAGAGCUGAAGCGAUGCCACCCUUGGGAAAUGGUGACCCAGUUGGGUGAAUGGAAGCGAAACAGGACGGCGGGUGGAUCGGACCCGAAAAGUUUCUGGCGUAAUCCACAGUUUAUUCUCAAACUCGAGGGAAAAUGGCGUCAAAAUGAGCGACUCAAGGUACCGGACAUUAGUCUUACGGUAGGACUGAUGCAAAUGUAUCACCGUGCUCGAGGAACGAAAAACUUAUCGUUACGGCUGUUGAUUUAUCCGAUUCCCGAUCAUGUGCUUGUCGAGCAUCGAUCCUUACCGAGCGUGUUCUUCGAAAAUGUCGAUCCAAUAGAAAUUGAUGCCAAUUUCAAGACAACGCGUGAACUUGUGGUACGAUACAACCUACCUCCGGGUAGAUACGUCAUUGUGCCGCACACCUGGAAGCCUAACCAGGAGUCAGAGUUCCUGUUGCGAAUCUUUGCCGAAGGACGUAUCGAGAAGGUUUGCUACGGUGAUGAUGAAUGUGAGGAAUAG